AUGGAGAACACUGACGUCGAUGUGAUCGAGAUCGAGACAAACGAGCUUCUUGUGGAAGAUGAAACCGAACAGCUUCUGGCAGAGAAGGCAGAAGAGGUCUUGCCAUUGACACCGAAUACCCCCAUCCAUUCAAGAAAUGGAUGGACAGUUUUCGAACGAUACGUCCCGGGCUGGUUUGAAUCCUCGCAACCCGAAUUUGCCUCGCACAACUCGGGUGAUCGCCGGGACUCGCUGCUGUCAGGACAUUCGUCGCAGUUGGGAACUGUGAAGACCACUACCCUCAGCAUCACUAGUCGAAGCUUUGGAAGAUCCAGAGGGACAACACAAAGCACGGCGGGUCAAAGUAGCCUCUCGGAUGCUCGAUUCUCAGCCGACAGCUCUCGUCCGACGUCAAGCCAGUACGUCGAUGAUCAGGCAGAGAUCCGCGCGAACAAGAGGCGUCAAGUAUUGCAGGAAAUACUCACGACCGAGGCUGACUAUGUGAUGGGUCUCAAAGCGCUUACAGGAGUUCUCUCGAUCUUUGAUACCAGGCCGGAAAUAUAUCACAACAUUCAAAGAAUUCGCGGUAUCCACGAGAGUUUUUUGACGCAGUUGCAAACUAUAUCCCCGAUGUCAACUUCAGCGGCCCCUGACGGCGCUUCUGAUCUUUUGACUCGGGGACUUUCGAAACGCCUGAGUGGCAUCGAAUUGCCUGGACUGAAAGGUCUGCAAAACCGGUCCUUGAGAACUCGGAACUUCAAAGCUACCAUUAAUAAGCGUCUCAAGGCCAUGCAAGCGGAGCCACUGGAGGCUCUUGAAGUCGCACGCGCCGUGGAGAAUUUGUCUGUGUCUUUCCCUGCAUACGAAGAAUUUUGUAGCAACUAUGAUCUGUUCACUCAGGACUUGGCCAUCUUGCGACGCUCGGUUCCGAACUGGGCAAUGUUCGAUCAGGGUAUUGAAGCUCUAUCAAAAUCAGUUGCCUCCAUCGAAAGCCGAAAGCACGAAGACAACAAAUCCAUGACUAUGAGUGAUCUGAUGAUCAAGCCCAUUCAGCGACUGUGUAAGUAUCCGCUUCUCCUUCAAGACCUACUCCGCAAUACCCCUGUCAGUGAUUGUCCAUCUUCUCAUAACGGAAUACGGCAAAUUUUGGAGAGCUUGCGCGUUCUGGUUGCCCGAAUCAACUCGGCAACAGGGAAUCCCGUCAAGAAAGACCGAAUCCAAAAAACUAUCCUCCUUCAGGGGCGAAUUGAUUUUUCUGAAUCGUACAAACUACAGGACAUAUAUAAAGACUUGGGUCCGAUGACGCUGUGUGGGGUUUUGCAUGUCACAUACCAGAUACCAGGCCAAACUACGGGAGACUUCAUGGUUUGCGCUCUCUUCAACUGCUAUUUGCUGCUUUCGAAAGGGCUGGAGGAUUCUCGUCGACUGGAAGUUGUGGCCUGUAUUUACCUGGGGGAUUUGAAGGAGGAGACCAUUCAAAAUGGCCAAGGGCUUUUUUGCUAUGGGUGCUCGUUCUCGUGGAAGUUCCAGUUCCAAGUGCAAGAAGAGAGCUUUGAAUUUGUGCUCAGUGCGUCAUCCGCAAUCGAAGAGAGAUUAUGGAAGACAGAGACCUUGAAGUGCUCUGCAGCCCUUGCAGAGAUGGGCAAACCAGGCGGGACCUGGGAUCCAAGAAAGUACUCUUUUCUAAACCUUCCGCUCCUGCCGUUAGAUCGCAUACAAUACACAGUGGCAUCUCUGGCCAGACGCUCGUCCAUGGAUUCCGUGGGCGUCGCACGCAAGGCGAACGUCCAACCUGUGGUCAUCAAGAAGACACACUUUCCCCACACGACGGAUGAGACCACGAAUCCACCAUCGGAGGGUGAGAUUGAACGGCCCAAGACCACCGUCGCACGUGGUGCUCUGACCGUGACUGCAAAACGAGCGGAGCGAAUUCGACUGGAGCGAUUGAUCUCGGAUGUCUAUACCCGAGAUGUACUUCCCCUGCCGGGAAUGGUGCUAGGACGAGGGGACCUAUUUCGUCGUGGUUCGAUUAUGAGACGCCUCAGUCUACAUGCCACAUUUGCCAAACGGUCCAGCUCCGUCAGCAUCGCGAGCCAGUCCGGACGGGCGGCUGCGGACGCACGCUCUAUUGACUACCAAAGUGGGGAGGAAAAGGAUUUGGUGACCCCUCAGGAUGGGGCCAACGAUCAGCGCCGCUCAGCAGAGGCAGACUGCAGGUCACCCAAGACACCCACAUCCACGAUUGGACGUCAAAGGACAAUUCGAUUCCGGAGCACACCCAAAAGAACGUCUGAAUCUGCAUCUUCGCCACGGAGUGAGAAACGCACUAGCCAGGAAAUCAGCUCUGAAAUAUCUCCAUCGCGAAAGAAAUGGUCAUCACCGAUUGGUAUACUGAGUGCACUUUCACCGAAGAAUCUGAUGCGAUCAAAACCCGGCAUGUGA